AUGGAGAAGAAAUUGUAUGAAGAUUUUAGUGUGGAAACCAAAAAAACGAGGACCGUCGGAUUUCUGGAAAAAUUCCAUCGGAGAGUCCCCGUUGCGCCACGUGGCACCCGCCCGUUGGAGCUGUCAGUGGCUGACGUCAGCGCUGGCGUCACGCUGACGCCAGCGCACGGUAAGUCAAAUUUUUUUACCGUUGGCGCGUGA